AUGUCAUUUCCUAUAUGCUCUUCUAAUCCUAUCCACGAAACAGCAGUUGAGAAGUGCUGGCAGCCAGCAAAAGCGAAUCGCUCUCGUGGUUUUCCUGGUACGACAUUUCAAAAGCAGAAUGCAAACUGUCAUUACAGCAAACGGGCGGUAUGCGAUACGUGCCAUCAAGCAAGAGUAAACUGCUCUCGUGGUUUCCCUUGUACGACAUGUCAAAAGCAGAAUGCAAGUUGUCAUUAUAGCAAACGGGUGGCAUGCGAUACGUGCCAUCAAGCAAAAGUCAAAUGCCCCGGUGGUUUUCCUUGUACGGCAUGUCAAAAGCGAAAUGAAAGCUGGCCGGCAUGCGAUACGUGCCGUAAAGCAAAAGCGAAAUGCUCUCGUGGUUUUCCUUGUACAACAUGUCGAAAGCGGAAUGCAAACUGUCAUUACAGCGAAAGGCGCCGUAAGAGCCCAUCAUCAGUAAUGAAAGAAGUCACCGUCCAGGAAACAUCAAGUGCCCCAGCACUGUUUGAGAGCAAUCUAUCCAUCUUACCGUCUGGUCAACCAAAUCUGCAAGACCCCGGCAUGAUGGGACAUACCGGAGACGCCAUCCAUCCGAAUUACCUGAUGGAAGAGCCUCAGCUCUCAGGAGAGAAAUUUAUGUACGACUCGGAGCUACCUUAUCCCUACGUUGGCGUCAAUCGUGAUUCAACGGCAAGAUGCUUCCAGGAAUUACCAACCGCUGAUCAAAAGUACUCUUACCAUAUCUUGUCUACAUACGAAAAUUAA